GAAGUGGCGUAGCGCCAGGCUCUGCCCAGGGCAGAGGCGGAAGCAGAGUCGCCCCAGCGAGUCCUGUUGCCGCCGGCGCUUCAGCCUAGCUGCGCGCCUCGGCCCAUGGCCUCUUACUCCUACCGCCCUGGCCCCGGGGCCGGCCCCGGCCCUACUGCGGGCCCGGCGCUACCGGAUCAGAGCUUCCUGUGGAACGUCUUCCAGAGGGUUGAUAAAGACAGGAGUGGAGUGAUAUCUGACAACGAGCUCCAGCAAGCACUCUCCAAUGGCACGUGGACUCCGUUUAACCCAGUGACUGUUCGGUCUAUCAUAUCUAUGUUUGACCGGGAGAACAAGGCCGGCGUGAACUUCAGCGAGUUCACGGGUGUGUGGAAGUACAUCACGGACUGGCAGAACGUCUUCCGCACCUACGACAGAGAUAACUCCGGCAUGAUCGACAAGAACGAGCUCAAGCAAGCCCUCUCAGGUUUUGGCUACCGGCUCUCAGACCAAUUCCACGACAUCCUCAUCCGGAAGUUCGACAGACAAGGACGAGGGCAGAUUGCCUUUGACGACUUCAUCCAGGGCUGCAUCGUGCUCCAGAGGUUGACGGAUAUAUUCAGACGUUACGACACGGAUCAGGAUGGCUGGAUUCAGGUGUCUUACGAACAGUAUCUGUCCAUGGUCUUCAGUAUCGUACGUUGUCUUUUCGUGAAUAACAACAGCAACGGCUUACAGAAAAAGACCCAAAACGCCAAAUCUCUUACCUUUAAUAGAACGGACAUGGACGCAGUCCUCAUGUCGGCUCCCUGCGUGGGGCAGGCGGCCCUGCCCUGUGGUCUGCCUCAGCCCAGCUCACCGGCAGCGCCUGGCCCAGGCUCCCUGCGAGCAGUUCUGAGGCGGCUCUCAGAGCAGCCACCACAGCGCUGA